AAUUGUAAAAUGAAAAACAAAUUUAUAAUACUUUGUCCACCAAUUAUGUUUGAUAAACUUUUGGUAUAAUGCUUGUUAAUAUUUUUUUUAAAUUAAAAAAAAGGAUAAAUUUUAGCUUCCUCUUUUCCCCACUUUUAAUUUCACAAUCUUUAGAAAUUUGUAUUCUUUAGAUUUAAACAAAACCUUUCAUGAGUCAAAUAAAAUAUUACAAAAAAGUUGUUUUCGGAUCCUGAAUCAAACACAAUCUGGUUAAUUAAUUAGUAUUCAAUACUUCAAUUAAUAAGAUCGGAAUUCUUUUGGUCUACAAAUAACAAUUUGAUCAUAUAUAUAUAUAUAUAUAUGUAUGCCUUAGCGUCAUGGCAGAAGCAGUCCUUUGGUGUUGUCUCUGAAGAGUGAAGAGGAGUAGCUCUUUAGGGAAAAGCAUAUAUAUAGAGAGAGAGAGAGAGAGAGAGAGAGCGAGGGCCAAAGAUAAAUAGAAGAAGAUCAUGGGUUUGAUUUCAAACAGGGUACUUUUCAAGAAGAUGCUCCAACCAGGAGAUCAUAUUUACUGCUAUAGAAACGCUCACUCUUACUCCCACCACGGAAUAUUUGUGGAAGAAGAUACAGUGAUCCACUUCACAAGAACAGACGAAGAACCUGACUUGAAACCAAAACCCAAAUGCAGAAUCUGCGGCUACCAUCCAAACGAGCAUCGAGGAGUCGUCAAAACUUGUCUCAAAUGCUUCCUCGACGGCAACAGUCUCUUCCGCUACGAAUACGAAGUUUCCAAAGCUCGGUUCGUGGUGCAAACAGCAGGAGCAUGCAGCACAGGGACAGCAGACAAGCACAGCGAAGUUAUCAAACGGGCCACUGAGAUGCUGGAAACCAAUGGUUUCGGAAAGUAUGUCCUUUUGGAGAAUAACUGCGAGACCUUCGCGGUUUACUGCAAGACAGGCAAAAGAUCAAGCAUGCAGGCUGUCUCUCUGAAAGCUUCCGGCGAGAUUGCUUCGAAAAACUUGACGGAGAAAUCGUUUUCUGUAAUGAAUGUUGCUAAGACUGGGAUGAAAGUUUUGGCGCUGGAGAGGAAGUUGGACACCUUGCUUGAAGAUUUGUCGGUGCAUGAUAAUCUGCAGAACAAGGGGAAAGAGGUGGUAGCAGCAGUGGAGGGUAAUUAUGAUGAGAUUGAGGAGUGCAAGAAUGUGAGCAAGGACAUUGGCCAAGAAGAAGAACUAUUUACCACUACUCCUUGAUAUAAAAAUGGAAGUUCAAUUAUGGAUGUUGAAAGCAAAUUAAUCUACUGUGUUACUCUUUUAUUCUAGGUGUGUCUUAAUACUAAUCCAAUCUCUUUCUCUCCCUUUCUAAGUAUUUGAUCGUGUACUUUUCUUCUAAAGCAAUAUAUAAUUUCCAUUUCUUA